AUGGCACGGCUAGUGAGCAGGAGGGCAGGCGCCAAACCGAGGUCUCUGCCCUCAGUGCAGUUGGAUUCCGAUUUUGCUGCAAGGUCUUGGGUAGCUGGGACAGGGGUCACCUCGACUGAACAAACGCAACUGGAAGCUUGCAGUCGCCAAGGGUCUCAGGAGGCCGGCACUCAGAGGCCGGGCGCUGACGUGCCUGCGUUAUUUUCUCGCAAAUACGGGGGUGACAGCAAAACGACUGCCCGGCUGGGGCGAACCCUGGCUCCCCCGGCUCCGUCCUUGUCCCCUCUAGCCCGGAUCGCUCACCAGGUGACCUUGGGAGGGCGCUUGACCUCUCUGGGCCUCAGUUUCCCGGUCUGUGCUCUUGGCAGUGCUGUAAUAGCACGGCGGGUCUCCCAGCGCCCCCAGGGCGGAAUGUGGGCGCCCGACACGCGGGAAGCUCCUGGACACCCCUUCUCCGCGCGCCCCCAGCGCGCCCAGACCUUUGAAAGUAACGCUCUGCGGCUGGUGAACCAAGAAAUAGAAAAGUUUCAGAAAGGAGAAGGCAAGGAUGAAGAAAAGUACAUUGAUGUGGUGAUUAAUAAGAACAUGAAGCUGGGACAGAAAGUGUUAAUUCCUGUAAAACAGUUCCCUAAGUUCAACUUUGUGGGAAAACUUUUGGGUCCACGUGGCAAUUCCCUCAAGCGAUUACAAGAAGAAACCUUGACAAAAAUGUCUAUCCUUGGAAAAGGUUCCAUGAGGGACAAGGCAAAGGAAGAAGAGUUGAGGAAAAGUGGAGAAGCAAAGUACUUUCACCUCAAUGAUGACCUCCACGUACUCAUCGAAGUGUUUGCACCGCCAGCAGAAGCUUAUGCCCGAAUGGGGCAUGCUUUGGAAGAAAUCAAAAAGUUUCUUAUCCCUGACUAUAAUGAUGAAAUCAGGCAAGCCCAGCUCCAGGAAUUAACAUAUUUGAAUGGUGGCUCAGAAAAUGCAGACGUCCCGGUGGUUCGAGGGAAAUCCACCUUGCGUACAAGAGGUGUACCGACCCCACCAGUAACCAGGGGAAGGGGAGGAGUCACAGCACGGCCAGUUGCAGUUGGUGUACCACGAGGGACGCCAGCGCCCAGGGGCGUCCUUUCAACCCGAGGGCCAGUGAGUCGGGGGAGAGGACUUCUCACUCCCAGAGCAAGAGGAGCUCCCCCAACUGGGUACAGACCUCCACCGCCACCCCCAACACAAGAGACCUACGGAGAAUAUGACUAUGACGAUGGCUAUGGUACUGCUUAUGAUGAUCAGAGUUAUGACUCCUACGAUAAUAGCUAUAGCACCCCAGCCCAGAGUGGUGCCGAUUACUAUGACUACGGACAUGGACUCAGCGAGGAGACCUACGAUUCCUACGGGCAAGAGGAGUGGACUAACUCCAGACACAAGGCUCCUUCCGCGCGGACCGCGAAGGGCGUCUACAGAGACCAGCCGUACGGCAGAUACUGAUUGUGCUCUGAGGUUGUGGAGUAGCCCCUCUCCACCAGUCCUGUGUACUGUUCAAAGUAAUUUUUUUCUAUGAACAAUCCCUUUUUAAAUAAAUCAAAUUGCUUAAAAUCUGAAUGGAUGGAACUUAAAACCACUUUGUUGAAACAUCAACCUGGUCAGAAAAAAAAAAAAAAAAGACCUGUAAAAUUUUGUUAUUUCUAGUCUGUAUAUGAACAAAUAGGUCAUCAAAAGGAAAAAAAAAUAACUUUGAUUAACUAGUGUUAAAUUUAAAAAAAUAGGUUUACUAAAUAUGUUAAUCCAUUCUUUUAACAUAAGCCUCACCUUUCAUUUUAAAGGUUUCCAUAGAAUUUAGUUAUUUUAUCUUUCAGCCAUAUGCUAGUUUUGUUUCUUUCCUCUUGCCAACAUGCGUAAAAAGGGAAGCCAACUACAAGUGCAAAUAAUGUGGUAUUCUUUUGUAACUCAAGUCUUGAAAUGUUCUGUAGUGUUAAGCAAAGUCUCCUCUUGCUUGAUACUAAAUAAACUUUUGAAAGAAA